UUUUCACCUCUUCCUCCCCGUCCCUCUCUUCACUCAGAGUGUAGCGGCAGCAUGACUGCCUGCGUCAGCCUGUAAGCGGGAAACUGCCGCUGCAGAUUCAGCCUGCCUGUGUGUGAGUGUGUGUGUGUGUGUGUGUGUGUGUGUGUGCGUGUGCGUGUGCACGCGCGCGCGUGUGUCUGUGUGUGUCUCUGCCCCCUCGCCUGUGUGAGCCAGGGGGACUGUUCUCUCCCGAGCAGCCCAACAUACAUGGAUCAAACGCAGGCUGACUUUCACCUUCAGCAGCCAUCUGUGCCGAGAAUUACUUCUUCAUUUUCAACAACAAAGACUGCAACUGCACCUUUAAUGUGCUGACUGACCCAGAUUUCAGUGUUUGCUGCAUUGCUGGCUGUGACAUAUGCUCUAUUUUCAGCUGUAGGCUGAAGAAUGGCACUGCCUGUGAGGGGCAUGAUGCAUUGUGGGAGUCUGAGGCUAGGAACAGGCACCAUGCUCCUGGUCCCGGUUCUACUCACUAUUACCUGGGCAUGGACAGGAGCGAUUGAGCAUGGCCCUCGAAUUGACGGGAAGCGCCGUUUGGCGGUCACACUGCAGGAGAACAACACACGGCAAUUCAGAUGCCAAUCAGAUGGCUGGAACUCUCAAGCCCCGCCUCUGCUCACCUGGUACCUGAACGGGGAGCAUCAGAGGCAGCCGGUGAACGAGGGCCCAGAGCGGCUGGUGGUGAAGUCACCGGGGCGGUCGUCGGUACAUCGGAAGCACCCCCAGCGCAACAGCACCUUCUCGCUGAAAGCCCGGCGGUGGGACAGGGAGCUGGUCUGUACGGCCUCGAACCCCGGGAGUGGGGAGAGCUACAAUGCUACGGUCAUACUCAACGUGCAGUUCCAGCCUGAGAUUCUGCGAGUGAACGCCCACUACAGCGACACCUCGGACCCCGGGCUUUCUCUGGUGCUUUUUGCUCUGGUGCGCUCCAACCCACCGGCCACCAUCACCUGGAUGGACCAGUCUGGUCAGCAGGUAGCCAACACCUCAGACUUCCUCAUCCUGGACACGCAGAACUACCCCUGGCUGUCCAAUCACUCACUGCGGGUCUCCAUGAACAACCUGACGGGAAACGUGUCUGUGAAUGCCAACAACAGUGUGGGCGCUGCCCAGAGCAACCUCACUCUCUCUGACUUCCUGCAGUCCCGUGUGGAGGUGCCGGUGAUGGGCAUCGUGACGGGGGGUGUCCUAGGAUUCGUCACCCUCCUAAUCCUCACUCUUAUAGUGGUCUGUCUGCUCCACAAGGGAAAGGGGAAGGACGUUGAGGAGCCAGUGGAGAUAACGUUAUCCACAAAAUGCACUGACUCAUCUAAAGUGCCAGCUGACGGCGUGUAUCUACCCCGAGAGAACAUGUCUUUGCCCUCUCACGUCCAGCUGAAUGACAUGAGCUCUCUGUGUAAGGGACUACAGGAGAACAAGUCCAACCCAGGGGGAAAGAAGGGGGAGGAGGAGGAGGACCUCUCUGAAGCCUAUGCAGCCAGAGGCUUUGCCAGGUAUCCGAUGGUUGGAUACAUCUACAAGGUGAACAGUGUGAGCAGUGAAGAGAUCUGGCUUUGACAACGACUCCCUCCGGUAGGAGACUGACCUCGGUACAUCACCUCAUCCUCAACCUCACAACUGCCAGUCUGUUCAUCUGACAAGAGUCCAGUCCAGAGGAGUUCAUUAAAUGCAUCCUGAAGAGGGUGGUCACUGGUAGAUCAGACAGGAUGGCGGUGACCAGAGGAAUAUCGGCAAAAAAUAAACCCCACAGACUUGCAGGGACCAAAACACUCGUUGGAGCUCCGGUCUUCAUGUUGUCCUCAUGUGUUGGUCCAAGCAUGGCUGACUGUUCUGUCUCUCUUACUGGGAAUUCAUUCUGUACACCUGACUAGCGUUGUCCAGGCAGUGUGUCUGUGUUCCAAGUUGUGAUCACUGACGUUAAACAUGUCUUCCUCUUUCAUUGUCUUUCUAUACACAUACUUAAGCAAGAAACCUAUGUGCUGCUAUACGGAAUGCAAUGUAGCUUGUGCAAUAAAAGAGAAUGUCCAGUAUUAGUUCAAAAGAUAUAUUUGUACAGAUAAAAAUGCUAAGAGACUAUUAAACAUGUACAUGUACUGUAUAUGUGUAUGUAUAUUUGUAUGCAUAUGUUUUAGUUUAUUAAUAUAUGUACAUAUAGAACCUAAAUAAAGAGGACUAUGAGGAUUUCUA